AUGAGACGCAACAAAGAGAUAUGGCAAGUGAACGAAUGUCUCAGAGACAUGCACUCGGCUCGUGGGACAUACGAGCACCUCCCAGUGGACUGGAAUCCAUUUCCUCCGUCUAUAAACACACCUCUCACGCCGAUCUCGUUCCUCAAGAAUGCGAUGGUACAGAAUACAAGCGGACCUCGUCCCAAGCCUUUUCCGAUGAACGUAGCUCAAUUCGUCGAAUCACUCUCUGGCCUCAGUCUAGAGGGAGAGUAUGAAGCCCAGGACGACUACAUCAUUCACCUGCUUGUCCGCAUCAUAACAGACCGGACCGAGAUGCAGAUUAACAGCGAAGAAUGUGCGCAAAUGUCGCAGGCCAGAAACAUGGGGCCACCCGUACCUGCAAACGAGCUAGAUCGACUGAAGGAGUUCGCUGAGUUGCAAAGCAUCAUCGCUAGGUUAUUCGAAGAGCUGAAAGUCGAGGUGAAGAGGCGCUGGCGGCUCGCUUUGGAGAGCAGCUUUGAAGAUAGAAUGAAAGCCAUAGAGGAGUUAAGAGCACAUUAUGGAGGCAUCUUGGAGGUCAAGCGGCAAGGCGUCCAGCUGGUAGCGAAGAAAGCGAGUUUCCGCAGUGAGAAUACUAACGCAGAUAGCUACGGGAAGGACGGGACUGGCUACAAAGACGUUGAAGCUACGAAUCCUGCGUUCUAUGGAAGAUAUUGCCGUUUGCUCUUCCUCAGUUCAAAUAGUCAACCCAUCACUUUCUCCCCAUUCAUUCACCAACCUGCGAUGUGUCUACUCGGAAUUACCAAGAUCAAUAAAAAGCUGUCUACAGAUAUCAAGAAGAAUUUGGACGAUCUUCAUACCAAGCUGGCCGCCGAAGAUGCAUUCGAACAGCCGGUAAUCGACGAGAUCUGCUCCACGGUAGCCUGGUGCCGCACUGUCUUGAACGAUGCCAUCGACGAGAUUGCUGCAGAGAAGCAGAGACUAGCGAAAGACGUGUUCGCGGACAGCAUAAUUCACGACGUCUUCAGCACGAUCCGUGGCGAUGAGACAUCAUUCCCUCAGUGCAUGUACGACAAUCACGACGCAAUCAGCGCCUCGUACUGCGCAGGACAGCGCGCUCUAUACGCUUUUGAACAGGAUAUGCGCAAAGAGUGGGAAGAGAUAUCGAAGAUGGCUGCAUUCGAGAGGAAAGAUUUUGUACUGCUGGCUAGACGGAAGAUAAUGUCAACGAUUACGGAGCUUGAGAAGACACGAGAGAAAGAUGUUCAGGAGAGUAAGAAAUUGGAAGAGGAGAUCAAAACUCUGCAGGGGGUGUUGAGGGUACAGGGUGAGCUUGAUGAUGCGACAGAGGAGUUUUAUGAUGCGGAGGAGUUUCAGUAG